AGCCGCCGCCGCCGCCGCCGCCGCCCCCGGUCCCCGCGGCUGACCGGAACCCGGUCGCCGGGUCCCUGCGGCCCCCGCGGACGCCGGACCCCGCACCGGACCCCAGCCCGGCACCUGGGCUCGGCUCCGGGAGCGCGCGCGGGCGGGCGGGCCGGGGGCGACAUGGGGAAAUUCCAGUCCAAGCACGCCGCUGCAGCCUUCAAGCGGAGAGAGAGCCCCGAAGGGGACAGCUUCGUGGUGUCUGCGUACCUGGGUGGCCGCAGAGGCACGGAGGAGGCGGAGCGGCGGGGCUGCGUGGAGCACGGCACAAGGGACAAGCAGGAGCUGCCUGGCGGGGACCCCAAGGAAGGACCUUUCCGGGACGACCCGUGUCCCCUGGAGGUGGCCCUGCCACCGGAGAAGGCCGAGGGCCGAGAGGGCCCGGGACAGCUCUUCAGCACAGACGAUGGAGAAAGGGCAGCGAGCCGCGAGGGCCCCCGCGGGCCGGGCAGGCGGCGCCUGAACGUGGACGCGCUCCAGUGUGACGUCUCCGUGGAGGAGGACAACCGGCAGGAGUGGACGUUCACGCUCUACGGCUUCGACAACAGUGGCAAGGCCACCCGAGAGGACAUGUCCAGUCUGAUGCACACCAUCUACGAGGUUGUCGAUGCCUCAGUCAACCACUCCUCGGGCAGCAGCAAGACCCUCCGAGUGAAGCUGACUGUCAGCCCUGAGCCCUCCAGCAAGAGGAAGGAAGGCCCCCCCGCCGGCCAGGACCGGGAGCCCACUCGAUGCAGGAUGGAGGCGGAGCUGCCCGAGGACCCCCGGGUGGCCGACAAGAGGCUGUCCACGCACAUCAGGAGGCCCACCGCCGACCCCCACCCCUGCUCUGAGCGGGGGCCGUACUGCGUGGACGAGAACACGGAGCGGAGAAACCACUACCUGGACUUGGCAGGAAUUGAGAACUACGCGUCUAAGUUCGGACCAGGGUCCCCCCCGGCGCAGGCCAGGCAGGAGCCCCCGGCCAGGGCCGCGCACCCGCAGGGCCGGUCCCGCUCCCAGGAGUCGGACGCGCACGCCGCGCACCAUCGCCGCUGCCUGGGGCUGGCUGAGCCCGCCCUGCUGGCCGCUGAGCCCGUGCCCCGGGCCCUGGACCUGCCGCCCCGGCCGAAGGGGCCGGAGAGGCCGUUCUUGAGGUCCCCCCAGGGCUCGGGGCGGCCGCCUGGGGCCCCCGGCGGGGGCAGGCCCGGGAGAGCCUUCAGCUUCCACCCGCCGGCCCCCCAAGCCCAGGCCCCGCCCCAGGACGGUCACCAUGUCCCGCAGUCCCUGCCCCCACCCUACGGCCACAGGCGGUGCCGGCAGAGGGGCCGGGAGGGCCACUCGCCGCUCAAGGCCGCGCCGGGCCAGCCCGCGGCGCUGGAGCACGAGGCGGUGCGGGAGCUGCCCCCCGCGCUGCCGGGCGAGGCCUACGCGGUGCCGACGGUCCAGCGCCACGAGCACCACCACCACCACGAGCACCACCACCACCACCACCACCACCACCACCCGGCCUAGCGGCCCGACGCGCCGGGGACCCACGCGGAGGGGCCUCUCACGCCGCGGCACCCCCACCCCGAAGCUCCCGCGUCAUCCUGAACACAGCCGUACGCUUAGCCGCCUGCACCUGCUUCUGUCACGACGCCACGGCGAGGCCCGCGGGCUCGAAGGGACUCUGCUCGGACGGCCUCGGCGUGCUCUCCUCUCGGAGCCCCGCUGGGUGCGUCUCCUGUGUGGCAGGGGGCGCGAGGCUGGUCACCGGCCCCGGGUGGCCGGGGGCUUUGUGGCUCCUGUGGCUCGUCCAUGCUGAGCCCGGGAGGGGCGGCUCGGGGCAGUCGCUGCUCGGGGCCACGUGUGCGGUGGCGAGUUCCAGCAUGCGAGGCCGGCACGGAUCACGGGGGAGAAGGGGGGCCACGCGGGGGGCCAGGGGAGCGGCCGGAGUACAGAGAGGCGGAGGUGAAAGCCAAGAGGAGGGGCGGCCAGGCAGGGCCACAGGCGGUGCCCCCAGCACCCUCAGAGGACACAGGUGGCCAGCGGGGCCAGGGCAGUGUGGGCGCCCCCGAGACACACGGGCAGCUGGACAGGAGGCGGGCGUAAACCGUCGAGUGCCGGACACAGUUUCAGCUUUGGAAAUGCGCGAUUCCCUUUGGGAGGCUGGGAAGAGGGCUGCAGGCGAGCAGGAAGUCUGGGUGUCCUGGAACCUCGGCCCGCGGAUCCCCCAGAGGCAGGACAUGCCGCGGCUCCGUCUGAGAUGAGCAACUUGUGAAUUUGUGCAGCUGGUUUUGUAUUUGCCUCCUUGGCACUGUUUUUAAGGAUAAAGCAAAUUGGUGGUUGACCUGUGAUUGAGUUCUUCCCCAGUCAUAAUAAAAAUACGUGCAUUUUGUAACAUGUCA